AUGCAGAUGAGGAAAGCAAGGAAAUCAUAUUUCACGAUAGUAAAGAACAACCUGAAUUUCGAGAUGAAGGCCCUCCAGUUUCACCACUUUCGCUCCUCUUCUUUCCAGCGUGAAAGGGAAUACCUCAAAGAGAAGUGGGUUGAAUGCUUGACUCGAGCAGAUUUUCAUUUGCCAAUCAGAAAGGUGAAAGUUUAUGAUCCGGAUGGAAAUUUCACAUUCACAGAAUUCUACAGAGUUUUCCUUGAAGAACCUUGGCCAGAAAGUGGAGGUGACCAAAGUGCAGACCAACUAAUGGGCUGUACUGCAAUGUGUGAUAAUGAAAAUGGAAACAUUCAUGACAAAGCCGAUGACUGGGUCAAUGAAGAACAGCUAGAGACUGAACAAGUAAUUUGCAAAGACCUCAGGUUAGAUGGAGACGAGCUAGGUGAAGACAUGAGUGAGCAGGAAAUAUGUACAGCAAAUGAAAUAAACUUACCAAAUGAUGAACAAUCAAGUCCCACUCAUUUAAGUGCUGUUUGCUGUUCAGGUGCUGGUAAUCAAAUAUUGGAACCAAACCAGCCUACAAUUCAAGAGAAAAGUAGUACAGCAAAUGUUGACAGUGCAGUUGAGUAUUUACAAACAAAACUUGCUCAGUCUGUUUCGAAAAUAUUAGGUUUGACUCCUGAAGUAAAGACCUUGGAUAAGGCCAGAAAACUGCUCCACGAAAAGCAGAAUAGCAGUUACCACCAUGGAAAGUACAAAGAUAUUUUAGCCCUGGUCCAGACACAAGUAUUGGCAGCUCAUCAGAAUGCUUCAAAAGAAUUAGAGAAAUGGGAGAGUGAAUUUGCAGUAAACAAUGGAUUUCCACCAAUGUAUGAAGACUAUAAAACUGAAGCAGCCAUACAAUCUGCUUACAAGAAGAGAAAACUGAGCAGGCAACUAUUGAAACACUGGAAAAUAACUGUACACCUCCAGUGA